AUGCUCGUAGAGGAAAUUCCGAAUGUGGCGGAAGAGACCGAAGAUCUCGGGAUGAUCCAUCGUCGCUCUUCUCGCUUCUCGCUUCUCGCUUCUCUCUUCUCUCUUACUUGUUUCUUCCAUGGAAAUGAACUACGGCGUCAAGCAACUGCCGAGAGUUUCAUCCAGGGGAUAAACGCUGAGCUCAAGCAAUUCGAUCCAAGUCUGUACGUGGCGUCUGCAACUGCCUAUGGCGCCUUCUCCAACUACAACGGAUCCCAGACCCUCAUCGAUUCCAUCUUUACCCAUCCGGUUGUCAAUUUCUCCUUCAAGUAUCUUCCUGUAAGAGAGCCUCGCUGUUCUGACUGUAGAAUUGAAAGAAAUGCUUCCCAAGAUUUGGAUGAGGAAGAGGGUCUGUCCCACGUUGAGCUGAAGUCAGACAUUUACAGAGAUGUUGACCUUGAGAUGCAGCAAGUUAGCAACCAGAGGGAGCUUAGCCCUAUCUUGAUCUGUACCUCAGACCCCGACUUCGAACUCAUAAUCAGGAGGCUCAAGAGCUUAGGCUUCAAGGUUUUGUUGUUUGCCAAUUCUGAUGCUGAACCCUCACUCUUAACCUCAGCUCAUCUCUGUUCCACCACUUUAUCAUUUUGA